AUGGGUGACCUAGGAGAAUGUCCCCAGGAGCCGAAGAAGCUGAUCCUCUGCUUUGACGGCACCGGCAACACGUUCAGUGGGUCUAACGCUGACACCAACGUGGUCAAGAUUCUUAACAAGCUGGACCGCAAUGAUCCUCACCAGUACCAUUAUUAUCAAACUGGAAUUGGUACCUACGACAUCAAUGAGAAGUCGGUGAACAAGACGUGGCUGGGCGAAAUGCAGAGCUCAAUCUCCCAGACCAUCGACCAGGGAAUCGGCACAACCUUUGACGCACACGUUAUCGCUGGGUAUCGUUUCCUGAUGCGUUACUAUGACUCGGGUGACAAGAUCUACAUGUUUGGCUUCAGCCGCGGCGCAUUCACUGCCAAGUUUCUGACGCGAAUGAUCCACACGGUGGGCCUGCUCUGCAAGGGAAACGAAGAGAUGGUUCCCUUUGCGUAUCGUCUAUACCAGCGCUACCUGGCUGGAGAGAUCAAGGACUACCAAGCCGCGCAUCCCAGGGCGGCCGGUGGUGCAUCUGAGAGCAGCGGCACGAGCGACGGGGACCAAAUACUGGAUGGGAGUGCAGAGGACGAACACGGCGAAGACUACAGCAUGGCACAGGACGAGAUCACCGCAUUCAGCAACACCUUUUGCCGCAAGGAGAAGCGCCCCAACUCGUCUGGGCAUGUGGAGGAAACCGACAUCAAGGUAUACUUUCUCGGCAUCUGGGACUGCGUCAACUCGGUUGCGGUGCUGGAGCAAAACGGGCCGCUGCCCGUACCUGUGAAAGGCACGGCUCAGUAUGUUCGACAUGCCGUAGCUGUAGAUGAACGCCGCGUCAAGUUCAAGGCAGCGCUGCUUGCCCAAGACCUGAACGGCAAUGGCCCGAAUGGUGAAAACAUCAAAGAAGUAUGGUUUCCGGGAUGCCAUGGCGACGUUGGUGGUGGAUGGCCCGCAAUCCAUGCGGAUACCACCACUGACAAGGCUGCGGCAUCGACAGAGAAGCCCGGGUGGUGGCAACGGAUCAAGAGCUUUUGGACGACCGAGAAGCCACAGGGCGCUAGCAAAGAUGUUCGCCAGGAUCCCUUCCAGAUGAGCGACAUUCCGCUGGCCUGGAUGAUUCGCGAGCUGGAGUUGGUCGGCAAGGAGGAUCCUUCUGCCGCCGUCAAGUGGUGCAAGAGUGUCACGGGUUUCAAGAGCCGGUUCAACAAGACGGGGAAAACGCAAGCUCUCAAUGCACCAAUUCACGACUCGCUUUUGUUCGGGCGGGGGACUGGUUUCUUUACGGUGUUGCUAUGGAAGUUCAUGGGCAGGUACUCCCAAUUCCCGUCUCUGACCUCGAGACUGACACCAGAACUUGCAGAAUUCCUGCCCAUCAUUAAGCGAUGGGAGAUCGAAAAGGAUCAAUGGGUAAACGUCCGUUUCCCGCUCAACAAAGGUGCUACGCGUGACAUCCCAAAGACUGCUGUACUUCAUGAAUCGCUGAUAUGGCGGCUACGCAACGAGGCAUCUUGCUAUCACCCCCCAAACAACCAUGGUGGGUGGGGAUCGCCAUGUUUGAAACCUGACAGCGGUCCUGUCGAUUUCGAGCUCCUGGAUGACGGGCUCGAUAACCCUCAUCACAAGACGUACAAGAUUCGGAAGAAUGACUAG